AUGAAUCCGUACAACAAGAAAUUUAGAGCAAUGUUCCUUAGCAACCGUGCUGCUUCCUAUAUGAAACUCUUCCGAUGGGAACUUGCCAUCGAGGACUGUACAAAAGCCAUUGAACUAGGUAAGACUCCAAAUGACAACAGUGCUCCCAAUGACAAACCUUUAGAAAGGCGUGCAACAGCACACUCAAUGAUUCCAGAAAACUUAAAAUAUGCGUUAGAAGACUACACGACUUUAGCACAAAAAUAUCCAGAAAGAUCGUUCUAUAAAGAAAGAAUAAAUUCCCUAAAAGAACAAAUGGCUCGGAGACCUGAGGAGCGACCAAAGGAACUUUUCGAGUGGCUGAAGAAAGCUCUAGAUGAAAAAGUCAUUGAGCCAACUCUGAAAGCUUUAAGUGCAAGUGCUCAGUAUGCCGGCAUUACGUGCGGAACUGCAAUCAGGAGGCUGUUCUUAUAA